AUUCUGGGGUUCGUUUAGAGGUUUGAAUUUUCUCGGAGAAGGACAGGCCGGCCACGAGGAAAACAGAAACAAGCCGCAGCAACAUCUAAGCCCUUGAAAGGAUCCUGAGAGAGGGGGGAAAGGGAAAACAGCAGCCACCAGCCCAACCACUUGUGUCUUCUGCCCCUUCCCACUUAUCUUGCCCACCCCACCAGCCCACGCUGCUUGGGACUUGAAAUCUGUGGCCGAAGGACCGUCACUACAUAACUUCAAAAAUAAUCAACCACCCUCCCUUCCCAAACCACCCAAAUUCACUCAUCCAGCGUUUACUUUUUUGAAUCCACUCAGAACUUUUUUCUGCGACCCCCCUCCCUAAAUGGAGUUGGGUGGGGGGGGAAAUGAAUACUGAGUUGGCCUUUAUUUUUUUUAAAGACUUUUUGAUCCAAUGAGGCCCCCUAAAUAAUUGAGUUUUGGGUCCUGGUUGGUUGUUUUAUUUUUUUUCCUCCAAAAUUUUACCCCCUCCCCCCUGAGCCCGAGGUGCUGACGUCGCAAAAAAAUUGGAUAAAACCACCAUCAUGGGUUCGGGUCCCAUAGACCCCAAAGAACUUCUCAAGGGCCUGGACAGCUUCCUUAACCGAGAUGGGGAAGUCAAAAGUGUGGAUGGGAUUUCCAAGAUCUUCAGUUUGAUGAAGGAAGCACGAAAGAUGGUGAGUCGAUGCACUUACUUGAACAUUCUCCUGCAGACCCGUUCACCAGAAAUAUUGGUCAAAUUUAUUGACGUUGGCGGCUACAAACUUCUUAACAAUUGGCUGACGUAUUCAAAGACAACUAACAACAUUCCCCUCCUCCAGCAAAUUCUACUGACCCUGCAGCACCUACCGCUCACUGUAGACCAUCUCAAGCAGAACAACACAGCUAAACUGGUGAAGCAGCUGAGCAAGUCAAGUGAGGAUGAAGAGCUCCGGAAAUUGGCCUCAGUCCUUGUCAGCGACUGGAUGGCUGUCAUCCGCUCUCAGAGCAGUACCCAGCCCGCUGAGAAAGAUAAGAAGAAACGUAAAGAUGAAGGAAAAAGUCGAACUACCCUUCCUGAGCGACCUUUGACAGAGGUGAAGGCUGAGACCCGGGCUGAGGAGGCCCCAGAGAAGAAGAGGGAGAAGCCCAAGUCUCUUCGCACCACAGCACCCAGUCAUGCCAAGUUCCGUUCCACUGGACUAGAGCUGGAGACACCAUCCUUGGUGCCUGUGAAGAAGAACGCCAGCACAGUGGUGGUUUCUGACAAGUACAACCUUAAACCCAUCCCCCUCAAACGUCAGAGCAACGUAGCUGCUCCAGGAGAUGCUACUCCCCCUGCAGAGAAGAAAUACAAGCCACUCAACACAACACCUAAUGCCACCAAAGAGAUCAAAGUGAAGAUCAUCCCGCCACAGCCUAUGGAGGGCCUGGGCUUUCUGGAUGCUCUCAAUUCAGCCCCUGUUCCAGGCAUCAAAAUUAAGAAGAAGAAAAAAGUGCUGUCACCUACGGCUGCCAAGCCAAGCCCCUUUGAAGGGAAAACGAGCACAGAACCAAGCACAGCCAAACCUUCUUCCCCAGAACCAGCACCACCUUCUGAGGCAAUGGACACAGACCGUCCAGGCACCCCGGUUCCCCCUGUUGAAGUCCCAGAGCUCAUGGAUACAGCCUCUUUGGAGCCAGGAGCUCUGGAUGCCAAGCCAGUGGAGAGUCCUGGAGAUCCUAACCAACUGACCCGGAAAGGCAGGAAGAGGAAAAGUGUGACAUGGCCUGAGGAAGGCAAACUGAGAGAAUAUUUCUAUUUUGAAUUGGAUGAAACUGAACGAGUAAAUGUGAAUAAGAUCAAGGACUUUGGCGAGGCAGCUAAGCGAGAGAUACUGUCAGACCGACAUGCAUUUGAGACAGCGCGGCGUCUGAGCCAUGACAACAUGGAGGAGAAGGUGCCCUGGGUGUGCCCCCGGCCCCUGGUUCUGCCCUCACCUCUUGUCACCCCUGGAAGCAACAGUCAGGAGCGAUAUAUCCAGGCUGAGCGGGAGAAGGGAAUCCUUCAGGAGCUCUUCCUGAACAAGGAGAGUCCUCAUGAGCCUGAUCCUGAGCCCUACGAGCCCAUACCCCCUAAACUCAUCCCCCUAGAUGAGGAGUGUUCCAUGGAUGAGACUCCGUAUGUUGAGACCCUGGAACCUGGGGGGUCAGGUGGCUCACCUGACGGGGCAGGAGGCUCCAAGUUGCCUCCAGUUCUGGCCAAUCUUAUGGGAAGCAUGGGUGCUGGAAAGGGCCCCCAAGGCCCUGGAGGAGGAGGCAUUAAUGUCCAGGAGAUCCUCACCUCCAUCAUGGGUAGCCCAAACAGUCAUCCUUCAGAGGAACUACUGAAACAACCAGACUAUUCGGACAAGAUCAAGCAGAUGCUAGUGCCACAUGGACUCCUAGGCCCUGGCCCAAUAGCCAAUGGUUUCCCACCAGGGGGUCCUGGGGGCCCCAAGGGCAUGCAGCACUUUCCCCCUGGACCUGGGGGACCUAUGCCAGGUCCCCAUGGAGGCCCUGGUGGGCCAGUGGGUCCACGUCUUCUAGGUCCUCCACCCCCUCCCCGGGGGGGUGAUCCCUUCUGGGAUGGCCCGGGCGACCCUAUGCGGGGUGGCCCAAUGCGGGGGGGUCCAGGACCAGGUCCUGGACCAUACCAUAGAGGCCGAGGUGGCCGAGGAGGAAACGAACCUCCUCCUCCUCCUCCUCCUCCAUUCCGAGGUGCCAGAGGAGGUCGCUCUGGAGGAGGACCCCCAAAUGGACGAGGGGGCCCUGGUGGGGGCAUGGUUGGAGGUGGUGGGCAUCGUCCCCACGAAGGCCCUGGUGGGGGCAUGGGCAACAGCAGUGGACAUCGUCCCCACGAAGGCCCUGGCGGUGGCAUGGGCAGUGGGCAUCGUCCCCACGAAGGCCCUGGUGGUAGCAUGGGUGGGGGUGGAGGACAUCGUCCCCACGAAGGCCCUGGCGGUGGCAUCAGUGGUGGCAGUGGCCAUCGCCCCCACGAAGGCCCUGGCGGAAGCAUGGGUGGAAGUGGUGGACAUCGUCCCCAUGAAGGCCCUGGACACGGGCCCCAUGGCCACCGGCCUCAUGAUGUCCCUGGUCACCGAGGCCAUGACCAUCGAGGGCCACCUCCUCAUGAGCACCGUGGCCAUGAUGGUCCUGGUCACGGGGGAGGGGGCCACCGAGGGCACGAUGGAGGCCACAGCCAUGGAGGAGACAUGUCAAACCGCCCUGUCUGCCGACAUUUCAUGAUGAAGGGGAACUGCCGCUAUGAGAACAACUGUGCCUUCUACCACCCGGGUGUCAAUGGGCCCCCCCUGCCCUAGGGACCAUUUGCCUGCCCCGUUCACACAACCCCUGUGGACUGCAGCCUCGCUCCCUCCACCCUGUUAUGGCUUCUGUGAGGCCCAUUUUCCCUUUUCCCCAGCUGAUGAGGAGCCGGCCCCCUCAGUUCCCACUUGCUUGGGUUCCUGGGGGUUUUCUGAUCACUGGUGCGCAUUGAUGUACAUAUUUUCCUCCAGUCUGGGGAGGAGAGAGACUGGAAACGUUCCUGGACUGCUGAAGAGGAGACCCAGUUGGCUUCACUUUUUGAGAAGAUUCGCCCUGUACCCCAAACCCCUUUCCAGUAUUACCCUUAAUGCUUGAGAACCUAAAGCUGGUUAUCCUGGAGAACACCCCUACCCUUCUAUUGUGGGUCCCCACAUGCACACAGAACUCUGACACAGGAUCAGCUGCACUUAAAUCAUCCCAGCUAAGUUCAUUAUUCCUCAUGGGGUGGGGAGAUGGUGAAGGGGUAUUGUAUAUCCCACUGCACUGAGAGGGCUCAAUCAGCUGGAUUUGAGUUCUGGAACACACAUCAUCCCCACUCCUCCCCCAGCGUGGGCUCUCCAUUCUUAGUCCUUUCUCAAGUGGGACCUUGAACUUUCUGUGAACACCCAGUCUGCAUCCUGGGUCUGCUAGGUUCGAUGAUGGCGAACUCAUAUCUGCAUCCGGUGCAAGUUUUAGCUGGCAGAGGUGAGACCGGUGGUGCGGGUCUGCCUUUGCCAACUACAGCCAGUCUGGAGACUUGAUAAAAUACUUCAGUGAGACCAGCUUCUCAUCAACUUGGGCCCGGCAUGCUGGGCCUGCAAGUCACACUACAUGCACUGCCUUUGGGAGUCAGCUCACUCCCUGCUCCCACCUGGAACCUUGCCAGUGUGAAGGAGGCUUCCAGCUACUUCACCCUGUCAACCACCUCUGAAUCCUCACCAGGUGCCUUCCUGGUGGGAUUCAACAAGAUGAUUUUGCCCUUUCCCAGUUCUCUCCUUCACCUUGGCAUCAGUUGUUUUCUAUGAAAACAGUGGAUUGGUUGGGUUUUGUGCAGGGUCUUGGGUUAGAGCCAAAAUGGAUUUGAGGAUGAGUAUUUUUUUUUUUGGUUUUGUAUAUUUUGUACAUUAAUAAUAAACAGUGGAAAGAGAAGCAGCUUAUUUAA